AUGUCGAUACGACAUAACUGGAGGGAAGGAAGACGUGAUAGAGAAGACGCCAUGAUGGAAAAAAGCUUCAGGGGAGAUGACUUCCGAGGAAAAGAAAGGGACACAGAAGAAGAGAGAGGAAGGGGACAUGAUGGAGAGAUGGGAGCUGGAAGGGAAGUUGGAGGCAAAAGAGACGGUAACACAGGAGGCCCAUUCCGCCAGGGUGCGACAAGAGGAGCUGUAACGGAUAGAGAUAAUGGCAUGUCCAUAGGACAGAACUGGAGGGAAGGAAGUCGUGAAAGAGCAGACGCCACGAUGGCUGUAAGCAUUGGGGGAGAUAACAGCAAGUGGAGAAGACAAAACUGGAGGGAAGGAAGUCGUGAAAGAGCAGACGCCACGAUGGCUGUAAGCAUUGGGGGAGAUAACGGCAAGUGGAGAAGACAGAACUGGAGGGAAGGAAGUCGUGAUAGAGGAGACACCAUGAUGGAUGAAAGCUUCAGGGGAGAUAACUUCCGAAGAGGAGAAAGGGACAUAGAAGGAGAGAGACAAAGGGGACAUGAUGCAAAUAGGGGAGCUGGAAGGGAAGUUGGAGGCGAAAGAGACGGUGAUGGAGGACAAGUAAGAGAAGCUGUAACGGAUAGAGAUAACGACAUGGGGAGAAGACAGAACUGGAGGGAAGGAGGCCGUGAUGAAAGAGGCACCAUGAUGGCUGAAAGCAUUGGGGGAGAUAACGGCAAGUGGAGGAGACAGAACUGGAGGGAAGGAAGUCGUGAAAGAGUAGACGCCAUGAUGGCUGAAAGCAUUGGGGGAGAUAACGGCAAGUGGAGGAGACAGAACUGGAGGCAAGGAAGACGUGAAAGAGGAGAUACCAUGAUGGAUGAAAGGUUCAGAGGAUAUAACUUCCGAAGAGCAGUAAGGGACCCGGAAGGAGUGAGAGGAAGGGGGCAUGAUGGAGAGAGGGGAACUGGAAGGGAAGUUGGAGGCGAAAGAGACGAUAACAGAGGAGGCCCAUUCCGCCAGCGCUACAACGACAGGCAACAAGCCGGACAGCCAGGCGAUCGGGCUAAAGGCCGUGGUCAAAGAGGGGGCCACAUGGAUCAGAACGUAGCUAGAUCUAGAAGAGAGGGCUAUCGGACACAGGAAAAUACUAGAUAUGGACAGACCCAAGGAAGACACCCGAAGAACCAAGGUAACUUCAGACCACUUAGUUCCAGACUUCUCAGUGAAAUACUUGAGAAAGACCCUUCCGAGGCCGCUACAGAACUUGGGUCCCUGAAGGGAAGCCUUCAAGCCGGUCUCAACGAAGACUUGAUGAGUGAGGUACAGCAACAUCUCCUUUGGGAGGCUCUAGCAUUUAUUUGCGGAGCUCUAGGUGCAGAACAAACAGUGAUCAUGCUCCUGACAAUGGCCCUCGAGUCCAAACUCUGUCGUCAGCAUUUACUCACGUUUUUGACCAAUCUCAGGCGUCCAAGAGAGAACAUCGACGCAAGACGGUUAACAAUUUUGAAGAAUGUCAUCACUGUCUUCCACUCAGCCAUGCAAAGUUUGCCAAGCCGUGCUUCAGAUCUCAAAGUUGCUGUCACUCUCAUCUCCGAUGCUGUAUCAGACAUGGAUGAAGACGACAAACAUGAUGACAUCAUGGAGUCAAUUAAGUCGUUGAGUAGUCACAUUGAGGACAUUGAAAAAGAAAGGGAAAGAAAAAGACAGAUGGACCGCAUUUCUAAGAACCCACCCCCUGACGACUUCCGCCAGCAAGACAUUCUUCCCACUGUCAAGGAAUUGCAACCCGGAUAUCAGCCGUUCCUCCGUCCUCAUCUGACGAGAGGUGUAUAUGCCGAUGCAGACCACUACCUGGAUGUUCAGUUCAGACUCCUGAAGGAAGAUUUCAUCUAUCCUCUUCGCAAUGGGAUAUCAGAGUACUUAACUUCAAAGAAGGCCAACCCUGGCAGAAGAGUCAAACUUCAGGAUGUGCGAAUCUACGAGGAAGCUCACUACGAAAAAUCUGUCCGUGAUUUCUCCGGAAUUUCACAUUACAUGGCUUUCAAGAGAAUACCUCUUGUCCGAUGGCAUUUGACAAAACGACUCAUCUACGGAUCAUUGCUCAUCCUAUCAACGGAUGAUUUCAAAUCAUACAUAUUUGCAACAGUAGCCAAACGGGACGUACAAGAUCUAGAGAAGGGAAUGGUAGCCAUAGCAUUGGUCGGCCGAGAAGAUGCAUCAUGUCUACUUAAUAAGAGGUUUGUGAUGGCAGAGUCAUCUGUCUUCUUUGAAGCUUAUCGCCCAGUUCUCCUGGGUCUCCAGCGAAUGUCUGGUCCAUGCUUGCCGUUUUCCCAAUACACUUUGAGCAUGUUUCAUGAUGUAAAGCCACCCAAGUAUCUCCAAGAUCGGAUGGUAACUGAAGACGAUGAAAUGUUCAUCUAUCCAUGUAGAAUCGAUAUCUCACCUCUGCUGAAAGGCAACCGACGAUGCUCUCCAAUAGUCGCCGUGCUUGACGAUGGUGCUUGGCCCGAUAUCGAUGAUGUACAGCUCGACCAAUCACAAUAUGAAGCUGCCAAGACGGCUCUCACCAAAGAACUCUCUGUCAUACAGGGCCCACCAGGUACCGGCAAGACACACAUAGGUCUGAAGAUCGUAGAGACUCUUCUCCUUAACAGAGAAGCCUGGUCAAGUGAAGAAAACCCUACCCCAAUAUUACUCGUGUGCUACACAAAUCAUGCACUGGAUCAAUUUCUGGAGGGGAUCUUAACAUUCCAUCACACUGGAAUCGUUCGAGUUGGAAGCCGUAGCAAGAGUGAGAAGUUGCAGCCCUUCAACCUUAGUCGGAUGGUUGGUCGGAGGGGAAUACAUGAUGAAGAGUACGUUCAGCGAAGGGUUCGUGAUGUCAAGGAAGACGUUGACGCUACAAAGAGACGUGUGGAUAUAACACAAGCUAGGAUAGAGGGUGCAAGAAAUGGGAUCAUCGACGAGUUCGAACUAGGCCCAUUUAUGUCAUGGCGGCAUUACAACAGCCUCCUUCGUCUUUCUGAUGUUAAACAGUCAAACUCCUGGCUUGUAGAGUGGCUUCUCUGUGAGCGUCAUAAUGACAGGGAUUGGAACGGGCAAGAGAAGCGGUAUACUAUAGAACAAAGCGAUAACCUGCAAGAAGAUGAGAAGAAAGAAAGCACAAAGCAUGUUCCUGUGGCAAAUGAAACAACUAUCGAGUUAGAAUAUGAACGAAAUGCCAUUGAGUAUGAAAGACUGAUUGAUGACGAAUAUGGUGAGGAAGAUUCUGAUGAAGAUGAAGAAGCAGAUUCUGAAUCUAAUGAAGAUGAAGACUACCCUUUCCUUGGCCUUGAAAUAGAUGAUCUGGACAAAGCAGAGGAUGGUGUCUUGCGGAGGUUCAUUCAAAAGAAGAUGUAUGGCAAAGAUGUCCUCGAUCCAGGUACUCUUAAAUCAAUUAAGGAUGUUUGGCGUAUGCAUCCUAAUGACCGAUGGGCACUCUACCAUAUUUGGUUGCAAAACUAUCUUCAACACUUGAAAGGAAAACUGUCAGCAUAUGACGUCAAAUUCAAGCAGCUUUGUGGUCAGCUAGAUGAGGCUAAAGGCGUAGGGAAAUACCACGUCCUUCGACAGGCAACUAUAAUCGGUAUGACUACAACUGGAGCAGCUAAUCACCAACAGGUUUUGCAGAGAGUCCGGCCAAAGAUCGUAAUAGUAGAGGAAGCAGCUGAGGUACUGGAGGCACACAUCAUCACGGCAUUAAAUGCAUCAUGUCAACAGCUCAUACUCAUUGGAGAUCACCAGCAACUUCGACCGAAACCGAACGUGUACUUCCUGGCCAAGAAGUAUCAUCUGGACGUUUCAUUGUUUGAAAGACUUAUCAACAAUGGAUUUCCUUACUCACAGCUUGAGCUGCAACAUCGGAUGCGUAUCGAGCUGUCGGAUCUGAUGAGAAGGCACUUCUAUGACAACCUCCAAGACCAUGACACGGUGAAGCAAUACGAAAGUGUGAAAGCAGUUCAAAAGGAUAUCUUCUUUCUAGAUCACGCAGAACCAGAAGAUGAAAUGGACGAUACACAGAGUCACUACAACCUCCAUGAGUCCAGACUCGUAGUGGCAUUGUGUUACUACUUCCUGCAGCAGGGGUAUGAACCUGAUAAGGUUACAAUCCUCACAGCUUAUACAGGUCAGCUACUGAAAAUCAAGCAGAUGAUGGAUCAAAGCAAGUUUGAGGGUGUCAAAGUUACUUCGAUAGACAACUACCAGGGAGAAGAGAAUGAUAUCAUUCUCUUGUCCUUUGUGAGGAGCAACAAUCAUGGGCGCAUUGGAUUCUUGGGGAUUUCGAACCGAGUCUGUGUCUCCUUGUCAAGAGCAAAGAAAGGGAUCUUCUGCGUUGGAAACUUCACCCUCUUUGCAGAAAAGAGUGAGCUAUGGAAGGGAAUAGUAACAGAUCUAGAAGGAACGGGAUCAAUCGGAGAUUCCCUUACGCUGCAAUGCACCAAUCAUCCAGAGGAGAGGACAGCGGUCAAAACUGCCGAUGACUUUAAGAAGGUACCACUAGGAGGAUGUAAUAGAGACUGUGAUACCAGGCUUGAUUGUGGACACGUUUGUCGAUUAAAGUGUCACCCAACAGAUCUAAAGCAUCUCGUCUACAAGUGCAAGGCUCCGUGCUCCAAGGUUAUCUGUGAGAGAAACCACAAAUGCCCAAAGCUCUGCUCAGAUCUUUGCUCGACCUCUUGUUCAGUCAUUGUUGAGAAGCUUCUGCCCUGCCUUCAUGUCUGCAAAAGGGAGUGUAAGACCGACAUUCGGUACAUCAUGUGCGAGGAAAAGGUUGACAAAACUUUAGGUUGCUCACAUGUCCAUCUUCUUCCAUGCCACAUGCCAACCAAGGGACUUGAAAAAGAGUGCGAGGUCAUCAUCAAAAAGGAACUCCAGUGCGGCCACAGAAAGACAGAGAAAUGUAAUGGUAGUGGUCGAUGUGACGAGAUAGUCUUGAAAGUUCUGGGAUGUAACCAUACCUGCCAAGCAGCGUGCCAUAAAGAUCCAGAGAACAUCAGAUGCAAGGAAAAUGUUGAGAAAACCCUACCAUGUGGACAUACACAUACUCUUCUUUGUUCCACAAGUAUUGUCAAUGUUCUGUGCAACACGAUUACCCGAAAAAGUCGCUCAUGUGGACACGAAAUCAUAGAGAAGUGCUGUCAUAACAGUAAAUGUUCCGAAGUUGUAGAGAAAACCUUGCCUUGCGGUCACAAAUUGAAGAUUAUUUGUUCGAUCAAAUUAGAAACAGUAGAAUGCAAAGAAAGGUGCAUCAAGCAGCUUCCAUGUAACCACAUUUGCAAGGAAAGGUGCGGGGUGGAUUGCACUGAGUACUGCACAGAGAUAAUCACCAGAGAUGACUGGUCAUGUGGUCAUGAGGUAACAGUUAAAUGCUGCGAAGAAAGCGACGCAUGCUACAUCGCCUGUGAGAAGAUCUUGAUAUGUGGACACAAGUGCAAAGGGACCUGUGGAAAAUGCUCACAAGGUCGUUAUCACCACCCCUGCAUUGAGACAUGUAAGAAAAAGCUGGUGUGCGGGCACGAAUGCGCCCUCAAUUGCGGUGCACCAUGUCUUUCAUGUGAAAAGAAAUGUCCUCUGCGUUGUCGUCACUCGCAGUGCAAGCAUCCUUGCAGUAAGCCAUGUUAUGUUUGUAUGAAACGUUGCACCUGGAAAUGUGAGCAUUUUGAGUGCAAGACGUUGUGUUGCGAGCCUUGUGACAGACCCCCAUGCAACAAGCCCUGUUCAAAGAAGCGGAAAUGUGGUCACCCUUGCAUCGGCUUAUGUGGUGAGAUCUGCCCCAAUAAAUGUCGCACCUGCGACAAAGAAGAUUUGGAGAAACGCUUCUUUGGGACUGAAGACAUCCAGACAGCAAGGUAUAUUCAACUAGAAGACUGUGGACAUUACUUUGAGGUAGAAGGACUUGACAAGUUCCUGGGAUUCGGCAUAAAAUCCGACGGUGCAGAAAUAUUUACCAAAUUAUCGGUAAAAACCUGUCCAAGAUGCGAAAAACCAAUCCAGUUGAGUCGUCGCUACAAUAAUCUCCUGAGAGAAUCUUCAGCGAUUAAGCCGCGAAUCGUGGAAAAGCUACAGGGUGCUCGCAAUAGCAGUGAAGACAAACACCUCCUCCGUAUAGUCAACUCAGCCGUCAUGUCGGCGAGAGAAACCAUUCCACUUUUGUCACCCAAAUUAUCAUCAGGGAUCUACUCUGCGCUGUUUGAGGCACUGUUGGAGAGAAAGUCAAUGGUGCUUCUGCCAUUUCGGGACAAGCUUCAGGAACUACUCCUGGCAUCAACAGAGGAACUGGAAAGACAUAGCAAGUCAUUACCGAAUGUUCUCGUAGAUCAGCACGCGAACGACCUUUGGAAUGAGAUGAAUCGAGUGACGAUCAUGUGUGACUUGGCCGAAGUACUGAGGGGAGGACCAAACAAUCAACCGAAGUACCCAGACUUCUCAAAAUCCUGGGCCGGGAUAGGAAUAUGA